AUGGACACUAUCAAACAGGACUCGGUUCGGAGGCAUAGAUUUGUCCAGUUCUGUAUUCAAUUCGCCAGUUUGACACUGGUGUACUACGACUACCUCUUAACGCUCGGUCGCGAGGUUCAAUAUGUCUGGAGGCGCAAGUUCCAUGUGCUGACAGUGAUAUUCUUUUUCUGCCGAUACUCCACCAUAUCGAACGUAGUCUUCUUGUUCGGUCUUGUGCAUAAGUUCGAUAAGAUUAGGGGGUUCUAG